AUGUCCCAAUUCAGGCAGAAUCAGGGUUAUCGGGUGAAAGAAGGAUCGUCAUUUUCAUAUCAGUACGUUCCUCUUCCUCCCCUGCCGAGAAAUCCAUAUUCAUCGCCGCCUCCGCCUCCGCCGGAUUCUUUGUAUCCACAUCCGCCUCCUCCUCCACCUUCUCCGACACCGUGCCCACCUCCACCCUCUCCCCCUUCGUCUUUUCCCCCACCGUUCUCUCUGCUGAGAAAUCGGUAUCCACCUCCGUUCCCUUCUCCUUCAUGUCCUCCGCCACCUUCUCAGCCACGGUUCCGUCUGCUUCCUCCUUCUUCGUGUCCUCCCCCACCUUGUCAGACUGUUCGAUUUAAUCAGCCAGCUCCAUUGCCAGUGAAAAAUUCCAAUGAAACUGAGGAAGAGAGGAGGUUGAGGAAGAAGAGGGAAUUAGAAAAAGUAAGACGUAAAUAG